GUAACACCCCUUUCCUCUUUUUUUCUAUCUUUUGCUUUCUCUUCCCUCCCAAUUUUCUCUCUCUCUCUCUCUGACCUAAUUGUCUCUCUUCUAUUCACAUCACCACUCAUCUCCAAAAACACACCAACCACUACCUUGAGAAGAAGAUCCUUCUAAAUUUAGUAUCUUUUUUUCAUAUUUUCCAACCCCAUCACCUAGAUCUCUAUAGACUUCAUUGUUUGACCAAAAAAAAAAACACUUGGGAAGUUUUUUCAUAGCUAGCUAACCCUAGAGGAUAAUAUUUUGCAAUAGUAAGAUCAUCAUCAUCAAGGAAACUCAACAUGACUCCAAUUAAUUUGGCAGGACAAUUUGGUGACACAACUUACACCAAAGUUUUUGUUGGAGGAUUGGCUUGGGAAACUCAAAAAGAGACUAUGAAGAAGUAUUUUGAGCAAUUUGGUGAGAUCUUGGAAGCUGUUGUUAUCACUGACAAAGCCACUGGAAGAUCCAAAGGCUAUGGAUUUGUCACUUUUCGUGAACCUGAUGCUGCUAUGAGAGCUUGUGUGGAUGCUGCUCCAAUAAUUGAUGGUAGAAGAGCUAACUGCAACCUUGCUUCUUUGGGUGUCCAAAGAUCUAAGCCUUCAACACCAAAACAUGGAGGAGGAGGAAGGAACAUUAGGGUAAUGGGUUCUUUCCAGACAGGAUUUGGAGGAGUGGGAUCAGCUUUUCCUUCAGCUGCAACCUUCCCUCAUUAUGCCAUCCAGCAAGGGAUACCUUAUAAUGUUUAUGGGUACUCUUCUUACUCACCGGAUUACAGUUACCCUACGAGCUACUAUGGUAUGUACGGUGGGGCAACAGCACAGUAUCCUGUUUAUGGAAAUGGACCAGCUGGAGGGAUGAUGACUGGUGGUGCAGCAGCAGCAGCCUACUACCCAUAUCUUCAAUAUGGCGAAGGAACCGGCGGCGCAACUACCGGCGGCUACACUUCUGGCCAAGGUUAUGGUGUUAACUACCCACCUCAAGUGUUUCAAUAUUCUCCAAUUGCUUCAACUGGUGGGUAUGCUCAGCACUAUGGAACACCCAUUUCUCUUGCACCUUCUCCUGCUGCCUUACCAUCAGUGUGUUUUGCUGUGCCACAGGCGUGACAAUGGCUCUACAAGCUCCUAUUCCUCAUCGUUAGAGACUCAUAUCAUGAUCUCAAAAAAUUCUAGCUGUGUCAAAACUUCCCAAGUUAUUGCUUCUUGAAGUCUCUAGUAUCAUCAAUCAACCUUUGGUCUAACCAUGGUGUUUCUCUCAUCACACACACACACACUCACUUUCACUAACACCAAAGAAAAAAAGCCCAUCAUUGGAAUUUGGGCUUUUCCACUCAUCAUUAUCAUAGGCCCCCCAUAGGGGCCCAAAGGUUUCCUCUCUAUAUAAUUUGGAGAGUCAUACUCAUCAUGCAUUACCCCCCCUCCCCAUUUUUUUUGUUCAAGAAAAAAAAGUUGCAUUGGUUCCUUGAAAGGUACCAAAAAGAUGUGUAAUCACCAACAAAAGCUAUAGGAAAUAGCUAAGUUGGAAAAAUGAAUGGGAAAACUUAGCCCUUGGAAAGGCUAAGUAAAAAAAAUCAUCUUGUUAAUUAACUUUGACCCAUGAAGGGUAAAGUGAAAGUAAUAAAGAUUGGUUUUUCAAAAAUUGUAAAUUGAAGAAUCUCACAAAUAGGUAGCAUUAUAAAAAAUUAAGCUAGUUUUGGAAAAACAAAAUUGCUAAUCACACCUCUCUGGAUGAAGAGGAAAGUUUAGCAAUCAUGGACAUUGGAUGUCCCACCUUUUUUGUAUGGUAACAUCUAGAUAUAUAGCCUUAGUCUUUAGUGUUAAUUAGGAUAAGUCAUGUUUAUCAAAUUAAUUUUCAUAAAAAAGGGUUUAACCAACAAACCAAAAUUAGUCAUCUUCCCUUUGGGUAAGGGGAGAAAAAAUACUAACUAAGUUUUUUUUUAUGUAAAUUCAUUGUGGCUAAACUAAGGUAGUUUAAGCCCAAUUUAGUUAUUUUUAGGAGGGAAAGUAAUUUUUUUACACUCCCAAUUAGCAUAUGUAGUACAUGUCAUCAUCAUUUUGAGAACUACAUUAAUGGAAUGUGUAGAACUCAAAACAAAAACAAAAAAACACUUGCAUGUAACCUUGGGAGAUAUUUGGGUUCCCUUGGUUACUUCACUUUGCUCACCAACCAUGGUUAGGACAUAGGUGAAUUAAUGAGAAUCUCAUCAUCACUCUUUUCUUUGUCUCUCUCUCUCUCUUUCCAUUUCACAAUCUCUUCCCUUUAUUUAAUCUCUCUCUCUAUGGCAACUUUUAAAUUGAGAUGGACCAUCAUACUCUAUUAAUUUUAUGUUUAAGUCUAUAUGUUAUUUGGAUUGUAAUUAGGAAAUCUAAAGUAGGAGGAUCAAUUCAUUCUCUGCUGGAUGAGAAUGGAUUUGCUACUUUUCUACCAUGCCUUUAAUUUCUUGUAUUAUGUUUAUGUCAAUCAAUAUGUGUUCAAGAAGUUAAUGUUUUCAAGCAAUGUUAGCUUUGUUA